UAGUUCUUGGCACAGGUAAUAGUGAUGAUUGUGCAACAUUGCCAGUGAGCUGUGCACUUGCGAAUAAUUGACGUAGGACCCGUGAGAGGCUCAGUCAGUAAAGCACUUUCCUUGCAAGUUCGGUCUCCGGAGCCUUUGAAAACAAUGGGUAUGAUGGUAUGGAUUCCCUUACAGUCCCCAUGCCGAGGAGGUGGAGCCAGGUAGAUCGCUAGGGCAGCUGCUAGCCAGCCUAACCUAUUAGGCAGGCUCCAAGCCAGCAAGAGACCUUGUCUCAAGGAAAAGGUAAGGGAACCCUCCCUCAAGCCCACAUGCAUCAUCUCAGGUGUUUUCCUUCUCCCCAAGUGCCUCUCUUUCUCUUAACCUUCAUGUUUAAGCGUGUCCUGAACAAAUGCCACUCUCUGUCUUUGUCACCAGCAACAUGAAGCUGCAGUUCAGGCAGGAGAAGUUGUUCCAGCCCGUGACACAGUUCCAGUACCCUCAGCCUAAGCUGCUAGAACACAGACCCACAGAGCUGCUGACGCUUACCCCCUGGUUGGCACCCAUCAUCUCCGAGGGAACCUUCAACCCAGAGCUUCUGCAGAAUAUGUACCAGCCGUUGAACCUGACCAUCGGAGUCACCGUGUUCGCCGUGGGGAAGUGAGUAGUGGGCUAGGCAGGGGUGGGGCUGGGUCUCCUUGAGCCACUGGGGUUUGUGGUCUAGAGAGGCCAGUGUGGCCGAGUGCUAGGCAGUGAUAUGGAGGAGC